CUGUACUGUAUUUUCUGAAAUUUAUCCUCCCCUUUCUAGUCUUCUAUAAAACGCCCAAGAUGCCUUUUUUCUUGGCUUUUUCUUUUUAUUGUAACUUUUCCUGGUUAGAAUUAGUGAUGGGCUGGUGAAGUCUUGAUAACUUUGUCUCUAAUUGCUCAAUAUAUAUUUUUAAGCUGAUAAAUUUGUUUGAAGCUGACAAUUUAGAUUGUGGUAGUUUUUUAUUUUGUUGAGAAAUGGUGCCUUAUUUGAGAACCGCAUACAAGUGAUUUGUUUAAAAUUGCUCUACCUAGUAUAAAGCAAGCCAAGAGCAAUUUCCCUAGGCUUUAUGCUUGGUUUUGUUAAAGAAUUCGAUGAUUUUCUAUAGAGUUGGAGACUAAGUUGCUGGAUCUUGUGGAGGGUUUGAUCUUGAUUCGUCACAGACAAUGGUCAUGAAAGCAUCAAGAUUUAGAGUUUAUGUUGUCAAGAUUUAUGAGCUGGUUAUGAGUUAAGAUUCAAAAUCAUGGUCAAGAAAGCUCGUACUUAUAUAAGCACGUGUUUGUAAUCAUCUUGCUCAUUGGUACCCAAUACAUUAUUUUUGGGUUCACAUUGAUGAAGAAUACGAUGGUUUCCUUCUCUCGUGCUUGUAUAAGUCGAUGCUUUCUUGGUCAUCAUGCUGAAUGUUAUCUCAUCCGAUACAGACUUGAAAUUGUUUCAGAGAUUAAUUCUAUAGGUUGUUAGGAAGAAAAUGUCCCAUAGCUAACACAGAAAGUGAUAAAUUCUAAAGCAGUACUUGUUUAGAUAAGCUAAGACAUUGUCAAGAAAUUUGACGUUAUCGGUAUUUAGAGGCUCUUAACUGCAUUUUCGGUAAUGCAUAAAUUGUGACUGUUAAAGCAAAUAUUUCUUGGUCACCUUGAUUGAACAUGUAUUAUUAAAGAACGUCUUCUAUUAGGUUUUCCAUGAUCAAUUCAUGUGUAAUUGGAUGAAUUUCCUCCAAAAGUAACAGCUUUGAGGCUUGAGCGCUCAGUUUUUCAGAGUCUGAGUGAAUAAAUGUGCUUCAAUCCAUGGUGCUCGAUAUGGCAAUGGACUUUUUCUUACCUUCUUGUGUUGGUCUGGCUCUUGUUUGGAAAUUGGCCUUGUCUGUUUCUGUUUUCAAAUAUUUAUCAAAAAAUGAUGAAUCAUUCUCUGUUGCAUAUUCUGGACUCUAUCAGAUCAUUUUUUCAAAAAAAGAAGAAAUUCUGCCAAGCAUGUGUUUUGUUUACAAAAUAAGUAACAUCUGUUUGGGAUAUCUUCCUGAUAAAUGACUGAAAAAAAAGGAUAAAGUUACAGGUGAGGUAUUGAAUUAAAGUUUGCGUGUCACUUUGUAUCACACUGUAUUUGUUAUCCAUUAUAUCUUUAACAAGCUCUUAUAAUUUGACUUGAGAAAUUACUCUCUUUUAUUGAUUUUAUCGUACUAAUUACUCUUUAAGAAAUUCUGCAUCAAUUAGGUUGAUUUUAUAUUGGGAAGCUGGAUUAACUGCAAGCUGCCAUCCGGAGGAGCCUUGAACAUAGCUAGCCUUUCAACCUAUUUGAAACCCUCAACUAAUGCCCCAAAUUUUUUAAUUGAGGUGAUCCAGAGUACUCCAACAUCUCUGGUUCUCAUUCUUGAUAUGCCUCCAAGAAAAGAUCUUGUCCUAUAUCCUGAAUACCUCAAGACAUUUUACGAGGACACUGAAUUGGACAGGCACAGGCAACUUCUUGAGAAGCUGCCUGAGGUAACGCCUUACUCUUCCCCUUCUCUGUAUAUCCGAGCUCUUAUCUCUCCAACAGCUAUUCUUGUUCGCAUAGAAGCUGAAGCUGGUGAAAUAACGAGAAUAGACGAGAUAAUUCGAGAUAAUUUGAGUCCUAUUGCUAAUGAAAUGAUCGAGGUAUGGUUAAGUUUGUGUGCAUCUGUGGAUAAAGAAGUGGGAGAGGCUGAGAUGGCUUACUUGGAAAAAAGGGAUCUAAUUACGAAGACAAAGACUAUUGAGAUUGAUCUUGGCACCAACAUUCCAAGAUUGUUUGGGCAGGAAAUUGCAGACCGAGUUUUAGGAGUUUUAAGGGGAGUUUUCAAUGUUUGAUCCUGCUAGUCCUGUGACUCCUUGUACCGAAUAACAAUUUUAACUAUCUCGUGUACUGUUUGUAUUAAGUUGUAGAUAAUUUGAUUGCUGUAAUUAUUAUUUAGGAUUGUAGCAUGUAAAAGUGCAGAAGUAAGAUAUUACAUACACAAUGUAUUUAUUUAUCUGGUAUGUGUGAACUACUCUACAUUUACUGGGUUUCGAAGCUCCAA